AUGGCUUCAAGCGGGAUUCGCAUGGGUCUAGUCCUGGUCCUUAUGGCCAUAAUAAGUGGUGGAGCUAUGGCUCAAUCAAGCUGCUCUAAUGCUAUCAUGAGCCUAAGCCCAUGCCUGAACUACAUUACAGGAAAUUCGACAGGUCCAUCAUCUUCCUGCUGCUCACAGCUAGGCAAUGUUGUCCAAACAUCACCACUAUGCCUUUGCUCACUACUUAAUAAUACUGGUGCCUCAUUAGGUAUCACCAUAAACCGGACCCUUGCUCUGAAUCUCCCUGGAGCUUGUAAGGUGCAAACUCCACCGAUCAACCAGUGCAAAGCUGCCACUGCACCCUCAGCUUCAGCAAGUCCACCAGUAACCUCACCAGCCAGUUCACCGGCAGAUUCACCUGAUCAAACACCUGAACCAGAUAUUACUCCAUCAGCGUCAGACAUUCCUUCAGCUUCAGGAACUGGAAAUGGGUCUAAAACAGUCCCAUCAACAACCGGAACAUCUGAUGGAACUGCUAACAGUCCGGCAGCUCUGCCAGCAAGUCCUCCAGUCCUGAGUCCUCCAGCAGAUUCUUCAGAUGCAACACCUGAAAGUCCCACUACCCUAUCUACACCAGGCAUUCCAGCAGGAAGUGGGUCUAAGACAGUCCCAACAUCAACAGGCACAUCAGAUGCAAGUAUCAUGAGACUGCAACUUCAUCUCGCUGUGCACUAUAAAGCCGGCGUACAGCUUGGUUUUAGCCCAACAUCAGCAUUUGAUUUAUAUGUUAUAGAUUCUGCAAUGAAAAGCAAUGCAAAGCUGAACAAACCAGAGAGAGACACUUAG